CCUCAUUGUUGUCCAGCAGAGACUGUUGAACGCAGCGAGAGAGGAAGAGUGAGACGAACAGCCGGAGAGGAGAGGAGAGAAGAAAAAGACGAGUGAUAAUUCAGCAUUAUGGCGCUGCGCGACGAACUUUUAAAGUCUAUAUGGCACGCGUUUACAGCGCUGGAUGUGGACAAAAGCGGGAAAGUGUCUAAAUCUCAGCUGAAGGUGCUGUCCCACAAUUUAUGCACCGUCAUGAAGAUUCCACAUGAUCCGGUGGCGCUGGAGGAGCACUUUAAAGACGACGAUGAGGGUCCCGUCUCCAACCAGGGAUACAUGCCGUAUCUUAACAAGUUCAUCCUGGAUAAGGUGACAGAUAACUUUGACCGUCAGGACUUCAACAAAAUGUGCUGGACACUCAGCUCCAGGAAGAACCUGGAACGAAGCCAGCUGCUCAUCUCCGAUGACGACGCCUUUAAGAUCUGGUGCAUCUUUAACUUCCUGUCUGAGGACAGAUACCCGCUGAUCAUCGUCACUGAGGAGAUCGAGUACUUCUUGCGUAAGCUGACAGAGGCGAUGGGGGGCAGCUGGGUGGAGGAACGUUUCGAAGACUACAAACUGAAGCUAAGCUCAAAGCAGCAGUGUCUGAAUGCCUGGGAGCUCAUCAGCCUGGUGGGGUCAGGUCACUUCAGUAAGGGCAUGGACCGCCAGACGCUGUCCAUGGGCAUCAACGAGGUCUACCAGGAGCUCAUCUUAGAUGUGCUCAAACAGGGCUACAUGAUGAAGAAAGGUCACAAGAGGAAGAACUGGACGGAGCGCUGGUUCAUGCUGAAGCCCAGCUUCAUCUCCUACUACGUUGGUGAGGACCUGGCUGAAAAGAAAGGAGACAUCAUGUUGGAUGGAAACUGCAGUGUGGAGGCUUUACAAGAUAAAGACGGAAAAAAGUGUCUAUUCCUCAUCAGGUCAUCACAAAAAAGCUUUGAAAUCAGUGCGUCAGACAAAAAGAAGAAACAGGAAUGGAUCCAGGCCAUCCAGACCUGUGUGAAUUUACUACGUCAGGGUCGACCAGCACCGCACCGUGAGGCCCGACAGAAGCGUCGGGAUCUGCGACUGAAGCAGCAGGCUGAACAGGAGGAGCUGGAGCUGAGGAUGAGGGAGCUGCAGAUGGCCAACGAGGUCAAACAGCUCGAACUAGAGAACAUGAGGAAGGCUCUGGAGGAGGCCGCAGCCAACGCAGCAGAAGAAGAAAAAAGACGUCUCCAGACCCAAACUGAACUUCAAGACCGCUACAGGACGGACCUGGAGAGAGAAAAAAUGGUACGACAGCAGAUGGAGGAGCAGGUGGCCCAGAAGUCCACCGAGCUAGAGCAGUACCUGCAGAGGGUCCGCGAGCUGGAGGACAUGUAUCAUCAACUGGAGGAUGCUUUGGAGGAUGAAAGACGCGCCAGACAGGAUGAGGAAGCAGUCCGUAAGCUGCAGGCACGGUUACUCGAGGAGGAGGCCAUGAAGAGGGCAGAGCUGGAGCAGAUCCACCUGCGGCAGCAGAUGGCCAUCUCAGAAACAGAGGCUGAAAAACAGGAGCUGGAGAGGGAACGUCUGGCUAAAGAGAGCGCCCUGGAGCAUGCAAUGAAACAGCUGGAGCAGCUGGAGCAAGAGAGGCAAGGGGCGCUGGAGCAGUACCAGACGGUGAUGAAGAAGCUGGAAGAUGCAACCAACAACACCAAGACCUGGAAGCACAAAGUGGCUCAACAUGAAGGGUUUUUACGGCUCAUUCAACCAGGUUCCAAAGGACAGCAGAGGAUCACAAACUGGGGCCCAGCAGCCUUUUCUGAUGCAGAGCUCAGUCUGAGAGAGAAGAAAUGGCAGGAGAUGAAGAACCAGGCGACCCAGGCUCAGUAGAACUACUGCAAGCCCUCAGCCUUCAACGCAUCUCAUUAAAAACAAGACAAGAGGGGGAUGCUGGGAUACAUGGUCUGUGAUGAAGCAUAUUCUAAGUAGUGACUGGAAGGAAACCUGCUAACUAGAGUUUUUGGUGAAAUCCAAAUAAGAGAUAAAAAGGCAUUUUAUUUUUACGGGCAUUAAGUAAUCACUGACCUUUAUUCCACGUUUGAGUCUUUAGUGUUGGUGAGUAGGAACCAGACCUGAUAGAACUGGUAUAUUGUCAAGUCUCUUUUAAUGUAGGUCACCAUAGAUUAGAGGAGCAUUUUCACAUUAUGUGGAUUCAGUUUACCAAUGCUAGCAGGGAUCCAACAGCAAUGCUAAAUGAACCAGUGAUAGCACUAGAAAAGAUGCUGGAACAAUAUCACCUUACGUUGAUAUUGCCCCUUAUUCCUAAAUGCCCUUGGCCUUGUACAGCUAAGCACCUUAAAAUGAGUUGUAAAGCGACCAACAGAGCUCACUUGGUAAAGUUGAGUCAAUCAUAUGGAUCUCUAAUCUGAACCACCACCACAGAUACAGUAUAUAUGAGCUACUGAACAGUAACUUCAGAGAGUGCAUUGAGCCUCUCAAUUUUUUAAAAAUAGUUUAGCACUGAUCCAACAUUUGCCCAGUGCAAGCACACUUUAUGACUCACCACUCCUAGCAUAACACAAUAAGGUGUAAGGCAAGUAGAUAAAUUAAGAAAGAUCCGAUCCAUCUACUUUAGAUUAUCGCAUGUCAGACAAAUAGCUCGCUAUUGAAGCUACCAGUCUCCUUCAUACAACAAUACUAGUUGCAGUUAGCAUUUCAUCAUUUAAGAACAGUGGACACUGUCAAAUCUGUAGCAGCUGACCAUUGGUAAAAUACAACCAAGCUAACAAUAAUUUAAAUCUUUUGACUUCAACAUGUGCAGCUGAUUAAAAUGUAUUUCUGGUUUAUUUCAACCUGGAACAACGCUGAUGCAGUUAUAUUUGUUCCAGGCAGCUCGUUUCUGUUUACUUUUGGUCAAAUUUUAUGUAUAGUUUAAGUUUUUGGGAAGCUGCAGGGAGGUUCUGUUAGUCACCUCUAUCAUUGCACCAUUCACAAGCUGUUUUGUGCAACACCUGUUUUCCUUAAAUCUCUACAAGGUGGAGAGUGCAAAGUUAGCGAGAGCCACUCAAAUGGUAAAUACAUCAGGUUGAAAUAAACUGGAAUUAUCUCUCAAGUCAUGAGUGGAAAAGAGUAAAGUCGUCCUCAAAUGUAUUCAUACCCUCCCAUUAAAGAGGGAAAAAAAAACAGCUGUCACUGAAAUA